CGAGCGCGCGGCCACGUGACCAACAUGGCGGCGCCCUGCGGCGCCCACCUGCUCGUCAGGCGAGGUUAUCAUGGGAUUUUCUCAUCUCCUCUCAAUCAUAUCUACUUACACAAGCAGUCCAGCAGUCAACAAAGAAGAAAUUUCUUUUUCCGGAGACAAAGAGACAUUUCCCACAGUGUAGUCUCGCCGGCUGCGGUUUCUCCCGCACAUCCAGUCCCUAAGCACAUAAAGAAGCCAGACUAUGUGACGACAGGCAUUGUACCCAAGUGGGGAGACAGCAUCGAAGUGAAGAAUGAAGAUCAGAUUCAAGGGCUUCGUCAAGCUUGUCAGCUGGCCCGUCAUGUCCUCCUCCUGGCUGGGAAGAGCUUGAAGGUUGACAUGACAACUGAAGAGAUAGAUACUCUUGUUCAUCAGGAAAUCAUCAGUCAUAAUGCCUAUCCUUCACCUCUAGGCUAUGGAGGCUUUCCAAAAUCCGUUUGUACCUCUGUAAACAACGUACUCUGUCAUGGUAUUCCUGACAGUCGACCUCUUCAGGAUGGAGAUAUAAUCAACAUUGAUGUCACGGUCUAUUACAAUGGCUACCAUGGAGACACCUCUGAAACGUUUUUGGUAGGCAAUGUGGAUGCAUGUGGUAAAAAGUUAGUGGAGGUGGCCAGAAGGUGUAGAGAUGAAGCAAUUGCAGCUUGCAGAGCUGGAGCCCCUUUCUCUGUAAUUGGCAACACAGUCAGCUGCAUAACUCAUCAGAAUGGCUUACAAGUCUGUCCAUAUUUCGUGGGACAUGGAAUAGGAACUUACUUUCAUGGACUCCCAGAAAUAUGGCAUCAUGCAAAUGACAACAGUCUGCCCAUGGAAGAGGGCAUGGUGUUCACCAUAGAGCCAAUCAUCACCGAGGGGUCCCCUGAAUGUAAAGUCCUGGAAGACGCAUGGACUGUGGUCUCACUAGACAACCAAAGGUCCGCCCAGUUCGAGCAUACGAUUCUCAUCACGUCUGGGGGAGUGGAGAUCCUGACCAAGCUGCCUCAGGAGACCUGAGGAAGGGUCGGAGGUCCCGAAUCUUUUUCCUCAAAUGCUGAAAGAACUUUGAGAAGUUAGAACAGCAGAUCACCUUGGGCCCUAUCUAGGACCUUACACUGUGUGUGUG